AUGUCGGACUGGAAACAAGAAUAUCUUCAGGGCAUCAGGAAUGCCGAAAAGCAACACCACCCUAUCGACCGUGCCUCGGAUAAGCAAACAGCCUGCCUGGGUCUUCGCUUACACAAGUCCACUGACGGCUCAUCGCUAGAUUCUCAGCUGGUUGACCGGAUUGCAGUGUUGGAAGCUGAAAAAGCUGCCCUCCAAGCCCAAGUAGAGAGCGCAGCUGCAUCGUCUCCUGCCACUGCUCCCGCACCUGCCCCAACCUCCUCCGGCAAGGUCUCGCCUGCACCGUCUGCGUCUCCUAAUUCCAGUUCCGAGGAAGGCCAACUCAUUGCGCGACUCCGUCUCGAGCUCGCGGAAGCCCUUCGGUCCAAGGGCCAGUUCCAGCACCGGCUGGAGAUUGCCGAGCAGGAGCUCUCCCGCUUGCGUGCGAAGACAACUGCUGAUUCGAAAACUAUUCGCGAGCUGACCGCUGAGCGGAAAACUCUGACCAUCAAACUCAGGGACAGGGAGGAAGAACUACGCGUGAAGACCAAGAUGAUCGCCGAUGUCCAGGACGAACUAGCUGUGCUCAACAUGCAACUCGAUAUGGUCGAGAAGCAGAGGGCAGAAAAGGAAGCUGAGAACAAGCAGCUCAUCGACCGGUUCAUGAAGCGAGUUGGCGAAGAGGCCGAAGCUUUAAAUCUGGCAAACGAGCCCUUGUUCAACAGAACAAGGUGA